AUGGGAAAGAUUACCAGAGCCUAUGGUUGGGAUGAAGGUUCUACACAGCGGUUUCUGACCAUAAAUCCAUUGGCCGAUGAGAAAGAAGAUGAAGGAAUCUCCAAAGUGCUUACAAGGAAAGGAUUUGAUGGAUUGAGAUGUAGUGAUUACUCACCAGUUAAUGUUGGUGUUGUGGCUACUGGUCAAAAUGAUGGGACAGUCAAGGUGUUUGACAUUUUAUCACAAAACUCUGCUAGUAUAACAAUCCAACAAAAGAGUGCUUGUAAUACAUUAUCUUUCAAUUCCCAAGGUCUCAUAGCUGCUGGUUUCGAAAAACCAAAACAAGAAAAUGCAUUACACUUAUACAAUAUCAAUCAUUAUUCAUCUACAAGUAAUCAAGAAAUAUCAUAUCCAACAUUAUCAUAUGUCAAUAAUGAGUCUAUCACUUCAACGAUUUUUUAUAAUGAAACCAAUCUACUUGUUGGUGGUACAAAGACCUUAAGAGAUAUUGAUAUCCGUGUUUCAUCUCCAAUUUUCCAAAUGUCAUCCAAAGCUACAAAUGGUAUAACACAAGAUCCUUAUAACCAUUAUUUAUUUAGUGCAUUUGCUGAAGAUGGUACCUUAGCUAUUUAUGAUAGAAGAAAAUUAGGUAAUAAUAGUACUGAACCUGCUUUAAUAUUCAAUAAAUUACUAGGUGAUACUACCAGAAGAAAUAACAAUUCAUGUUUCAGAUAUUCAACUAGUCGAAGAGGUGAAUUUGCUACAUCACAUGCUGGUGAAUUGAUACGGAGAUGGCAAACAGGAACUGCUCCAUCCACUAAGUAUGAUUCAGUUUUUGUAGCCAGUGUUCAGGAUGUCAAGACAAAAUAUGAUCGUGUCAUAUCAUUUGAUUAUAGUCAUGAUGAUAAUUCAAAUUCAAUAAGUCUUGUAUGUAUGAGACAAUCUGGAUCUGUGUUCAAAAUGCCGGUUGUUGAAAGUCAAAAAUCUGUGAAAUUUAACUCAUUCAAUGAUUUACUUUUCUCUGGCUCUGAUGGUACUUUUUUGGAAGAUGUUGAUGUUGGUGGUGUCAUUACUGAUAUGGAAAAAAUCAAACUUACCAAGCCAUCAAAUAUUGCAGAAGAAUCAGAAAAUGAUCAAGUUAGUACUACUGAUGAUUACGAGAACGGUAUCUCAAAUGAGGAUGAGGAAGAUGAUGAUGAUGAAGGUAAUGAUGUUGAAAUGAAUCAGUUCUUUACACCACAAGAAGUUCUUGAAAAUGACAUAAGUGUAAGGAUGAGAAGACGCGCAUUUCUGGGGUAUGGUGUUGAUUGUUUGAAAAAUAUUGAAAUCAUUCAGAACUUGAAAACCAUUGAUAAUACAUUAUAUUUGAGAAGUACCUGGAAAUGGCUUGAUAUUACGAAAACCUCUGCACAAACUGGACUCAUGACAUCUGGUGACUUAGAUCUUUCGUAUGAAGGGAUACUUGGUAUUUGGAAAGGUAUUGAGGGCAUACAAAAACAAAAUAGAUAUAGUGAUGCUGUCCUUAAAGAAGAUGUUUUGAAACAGAGAAUUACCCAAAUCUUAGCAAAUAGGGGCUCUAAGACUUUACCUAUAGUAAAGAGUACUAAAGAACCACAAAGAAGAUUAUGUCUCAUUGUUGCUGGCUGGUAUUUUAGUCCUGAUGAAUUAGAACAAAUUUUUGCAAGAUUAUCAAAAGCGGGUCAGUAUUCAAAAGCUGCUGCCUGGGCUGUCUUCACAGGUGAUGUAUCUAAAGCUGUAACUAUAUUGGCAUCUUCAAAAAGCGGGAAAUUGAAAUUGAUUGCAACUGCCAUUUCUGGUUAUUUAGUACAGCAAAAAUCAACAAAGAAUACAUUAUGGAAAGAUCAAUGUCGAAAUAUGGCUUCAGAAUUGGAUGAUCCUUAUUUAAGGGCUAUAUUUGCAUAUAUCGCAGAUAACGACUGGUGGGACGUUUUAGAUGAAAGCUUGUUGCCUUUAAGAGAGAGACUUGGUGUUGCGUUAAGAUGUUUACCUGAUAAAGAUUUGACUUUAUAUUUGACAAAAGUCGCACAAAAAUACAUCUCUAAAGGUGAACUAGAAGGUUUGAUUCUAACAGGUAUAACACCCCGUGGUAUUGACUUAAUACAAUCAUAUGUUGAUCGAACAAGUGAUGUUCAGACAGCUGCUCUAAUAACAAGUUUUGGCUGUCCGAGAUAUUUCACAGAUGAAAGGGCUGAGCAUUGGUUAUAUUGUUAUAGAUCUCUACUCAACAGCUGGGGUAUGUUUAGUACAAGAGCUAAAUUUGAUGUUGCUAGAGCUAAGUUAUCAGCGAAUAAUAAUGGCCAAAAACAAUUGAAGAUAUCAUCAUCACAAGUACAUUUACAAUGUAUUAGAUGUAAUAAAAACAUCUCCAAAUCAGUUAAACCAUCAAAAAGACAAUUCAAUAAUAAUAAAAAUAUCAAAAAGUCAUUAAGUGUUUGUCCACAUUGUGGAGCUGCACUUCCAAGAUGUGCUAUUUGUUUAUUAUCAUUGGGAAAAUCGUUACCACAGAAUAUUACUACAGCGUUGAAUGAAGCUAAAGUGAAAGAGUUCAAGGAGUGGCCAAGUUUCUGUUUGACAUGUAAUCAUGGUAUGCACGCUGGGCAUGCAGAAGAAUGGUUCAGUAAGAAUAAUACUUGUCCAGUUCCAGGUUGCUCUUGUCAGUGUAAUAAUAAAUAG